AUCACAUCACCAGAAUCGAGGUUUCUGGUAGCCAUUUUGAAGUCUUGGCUAACCAAAUUUAGAGAGAAAGUGCUACCCUGUUUGGGCCUUUUCAAGCCAGUAUUAUUGCUUUUCGGUGCUCUCUCAGUGAUGUCUUGGGCACCUCAGCAACUGAAUCAUGCACAGAGAGUAACUAGGCUUUACAGAAGGUCAUUAAAACAUCUUUUGUCAUGGGCCAUCGAUAGGCCACUUUGGAGAGAAAAGGCCCUGGAUUUAAGAGAUCGUUUCGAUGCAAAUAUUGGUAUUAAAGACCCUCGCGUGGCCCUCAAAGUAUUAGAGGAGGGAGAAGCUGAAUUUGAAGAGAACAGGCAUCCGCAACCAUACAUUCAUCCUUCAGCUCCUGGUGGCUCAAAAUAUGAAAGGAAUGUACCUCCUCCUCCUCAUGUACUACAGAUGCUUCCUGAAGAAGAACAGUGGUACAAGGAAAUGACUGACUGGGCAAAUGGGAAGAACUGAGACAACAGGCUGAUUUACCAGAGUAUGAACUAAGUUUGACAAACAAUUUGAUUAUUUCAUUCUUUGCAAUGCCCUGUAUUUGUUCAAAGUAAUGAGAUUGGUUUCCUUUGAAUUGCUUACAAUGAAUUACCAUGUUUGCUA